UUUAGCUCAAAAAAGGGCGAGUCAACCCAUGUGCCUCAGUUUUCUUGGACACUCCAAAUGUUAACAUUCCACACAAAUGUGAAAUUAUGCAACAGCUAAAACUACUAUUUAUAUGCUUGAAGAAGCACUGUUCAAAAAAUUGAUGAUCCUCAAGAAGAAUGAUCCUUCCUGCGUGCGCGAUUAAGCCAACUCAGCUUCCCCACCCUCCAAAACCAUCUUCACCAAUUUCAGUUCCAAAUCAAACACACUUCAACACCAAUCAAAGCCUGUCUCUAAAACACACUACAAAAUACGCUGACCCCAUUGUAGCAUGGACAUCUUCCAUAGCUCAGUAUUGCAAAGGUGGACAUUUCGUUAAAGCUGCCUCCGAGUUUGUGCGCAUGAGAGAAGCUAACAUUGAACCUAAUCAUAUCACUCUCAUCACACUCCUCUCUGUUUGCGCUCAUCAUCCUUCGCAGAGUAGUAUUUCCUUUGGAACUGCCGUACAUGCACAUGCGUGCAAAUUGGGCUUGCACGUGAACGAUGUCAUGGUUGGGACUGCGUUGAUUGACAUGUACGGUAAAUGUGAUCGUGUAGAUUUCGCAAGGUUGGCAUUCAAUCAAAUGGGUGUCAGAAAUUUGGUGUCUUGGAACACGAUGAUUAAUGGGUAUAUGAGGAAUGGGAGAAUUGAAGAUGCCCUCCAAUUGUUUGAUCAAUUGCCUGUGAAGAAUGCUGUCUCUUGGACUGCCCUAAUUGGUGGUUUUGUGAAGAAGGAUUUUCACGAGGAAGCUCUGGAGUGCUUUCGAGAAAUGCAGCUAGCUGGGGUAGAAUAUGAUUAUGUGACUAUUAUUGCUGUUAUUGCGGCGUGUGCGAACUUGGGCACACUCGGUCUUGGCUUGUGGGUGCACCGACUUGUGAUGACACAAGCUUUCAGGAACAAUGUUAGAGUUUCCAACUCUUUGAUAGACAUGUAUUCUCGAUGUGGAUGCAUAGAGUUAGCUCGUCAGGUGUUUGAUAGAAUGCCCAAUAGAACUUUAGUGACGUGGAACUCAAUCAUUGUGGGUUUUGCAGUUAAUGGUUUUGCGGACGAGGCUCUGAAUCACUUCAAUUCAAUGCAGGAGGAAGGGUUCAAACCAGACGGAGUCAGCUACACAGGUGCUCUAACGGCGUGUAGUCAUGCAGGCUUAAUUAACGAGGGACUCAAAAUCUUUGAAAAUAUGAGGAGAGUUCGUAGGAUUUCGCCUAGAAUCGAGCAUUAUGGUUGUUUAGUUGAUCUCUAUAGUAGAGCUGGGAGGUUAGAGGAGGCAUGGAAUGUUUUGAAGAAUAUGCCCAUGAGGCCAAAUGAAGUUGUUUUGGGGUCACUGCUCGCAGCUUGUAGGACUCAGGGGAACAUUGGGUUGGCUGAAAAUGUCAUGAAAUAUCUUAUUGAAUUGGACCCAGGGAAAGAUUCCAAUUAUGUGCUUCUUUCUAACAUAUAUGCAGCAGUUGGAAAGUGGGAUGGCGCGAGCAAGGUUAGGAGGAGAAUGAAGGAACGUGGGAUACAAAAGAUACCAGGGUUUAGUUCUAUUGAGAUUGACUCCAGCAUUCACAAAUUUGUGGCUGGAGAUAAAUCUCAUGAAGAGAAAGAUCAUAUUUACGCAGCAUUGAAACUUUUGUCUUUUGAGCUGCAAUUAUGUGGCUAUGUUCCAGAUUUCUCUGGAAAAGAAUGUUACGAGGACGAUUAAUUUUGUAACAGACG